AAGAACGAUAGGCAGAAAAUAGUUCAAUCACGGUGGCAUUUCUCCAGUUUCCUAAUCGGAUUACGUUUCGACUGGAUUCGUUACAAUUUACGAGCAGUGAAGUGUAAAUUAUACAUUGAGUGAAGUGUCCGGGACGCCGUCAUCCGUUGGCGUGACGGUUGAGAUCUCAUCGACGCAGGCCAUUUGCAGUGAAAAAAGAUCUUCCGCGGGACUGCCGAGCACACGGAUCGAGAACUAGCUGGCCGGAGGAGAAGAAGGAGCUAAAUUUUCCUUUUGGAAACGGCACUAUACCGUGACGCGCUCGUUUUUCGCGUCGUAAGCCGGAAGGUACCACUGUCGGAACGCUGUGUCUACGGGCGGCAAACAAAGGCUCCAACAUGGAUCAACAGCAGUACUGCCUCAAAUGGAGCAACUACUCGUCGAACCUGGCGGCGGCCUUCUCCAACCUGUUCGAUUCCGCCACCCUCACCGACGUCACGCUGGUUUGUGGAGGAACGGUAUUCAAUGCACACAAGGUCAUCCUGGCGGCAUGCUCGAAAAACUUUGCCGACCUGUUCGAACGGGCCCCGGUCGGCACGGGACAGAUCUGCGUGAUGCUGGAGGCCACCUCCGCCGAUAACAUGCACGCCCUGCUCGAGUUCAUGUACAAGGGCGAGGUGCACGUAUCGCAGAAAGCGCUGGAAAGCUUUCUCAAAGCGGCCGAGAACCUGCAGGUUAAGGGUCUCACCACGGAACAUGGCCGUUUCGCGAGUGCCAACGCCGGUCAGCCAUCGCAAUCGCCGUUCCACAAUCCACCGAACGAUCUGCCAUCGCCCGCCACCCGACGACAGCAGCGUAACAGCCUGUCGUCCUCGCUGGAGUCGAUCAACCGACCGGUCAAGCGGGAAAGCGACAGUGUGGUGGGCAGUGCGAGCUGUGGAGGUAACGGGGCGAACAGUAGCGUGGGCAGUGGAGGCGUCGGAAGUGCAUCGGAUCGGGGCAGCAGUGGAGGCGGUGCGGGCGUCGGAAGCGGACGUGGUGGAAGCGAUCGCAAUGAGGGCGCUGGAAGUGGCGCUGCCGGAGGAGGUGGUGGUAGUGCAGGAGGUGGUGCCGGCGGUGGUGGUAGUGAUGGUGGGGGAGGUAGUGGCGGAGGAAGUACACCGGCCUCUAGCUUCUCACCGUACCUGCAACCAGCGGCCUACAUGCCACCGUAUGACAGGAAACGACCGCUGCGAAGUCCGUUCUACGAACACCAGGAAGCGACACGGGACAGUGUGCUGCGGGACGGCAAGGCGAGCGCAGGCAAUGGCAGCCCGGUGAGUGGCAGCAAAAACUAUCGACCGUCCAGCAGCGGCUCCUCGGCAACCCCCACGGAAGCGGAUACCAUACACACGGAUCGGGAUUCACCUCAACAGUCGAAUCGCUAUGAAAAUCACAGUCCCAGCACAACCCACCAUGGCCACGGAAAUGGACCGGUAUCGUCGAACACAAUGGACCGGGACGAACGCAACGAUCACAACGGCUCAAUUGCGGACAAAGUCAAGCACGAAUGUCGAGAGGGAAAUGAGGCUGGUGCGGAAGAUUUACGAGUAAAGUUGGAAAUGCGACCCAUCCAGUCUCCGCUGAGGUCUUCGGCGCCGUCCACCCCAACGACACCGGUCGGUUUUAUCAACGUGAAAGGUGGUCUGGAAGGAUCGAUACCGUCGGUCGACAUGCUGGGAAUGAUCAGUGCACCGCGGGAAACGACGGGAGAUGGCAAGAAGCUCCAGUGUCCACUGUGCGACCGGCAGUACGGCUACGAGACGAACCUGCGCGCCCACAUCCGCCAGCGGCAUCAGGGCAUCCGCGUGCCAUGCCCGUACUGCAGUCGGACGUUCACCCGCAACAACACCGUCCGGAGGCAUAUCGCCCGGGAGCACAAGCAGCAGACGGCGUUCCUGCCGAGCCAGCUGCACAGCUAAGCGGGUGCUCGGGUCCGGGAGCCGUCGUCGUAGUCACCGAACUUGAUGCCCUCCUUCCACUCCACCGCACAGCGAAGUCCGACACCGCAGCCGCAGCGCGCGGGUGGACCCGUUUGUUGGUCCGUUGUUGUUCCUAUAAUUCAUAAGCGAUAAUAAUUGUUGCACCAAUUCGUCGUGUGUAGUAGCCAUACCGCCGCAGAGCCCUUUUUUCUUUGAAGGCCAUCCAAAGAGAGAUACACUGAUACACGCAACUACUACGAGCCAGCCAACCAGCCGCCAGCGAGCCUACAUCGACCAGCUAUUACAUCAAACAUCAACAGCUGCACUUAUGGUACAAUCCCCAGACGCUGGGAAAUUCGAACAUAAUUUUCUCUAAGAAAAGGUAGGCAUGGGGGUGGUAAUGGGAGCACAGUGGAAAACGCCAUAAACUGUGCGACCCGUAAGGAAUCGCCGCAGCGAAAAAUAGAAGAAGGUGGGAUCGCAGGGAUUGCUUCUUCCUAGAGAGUACGGUUGGCAGAAUGAAGUGACACCACGAUUUCAAGUGGUGGACAGUAGCAACUAGUUGCGCUGGGUUGUAUUUACGUACGUUCUACGUAAUCCACCCGAUUUCCACCUGCAAUUGAAAAUGGAUUGAUAAACGAUCUGAUUACAAUGAAUAUUCUUGAACUUUUACAGGCCUAACGUACUGUUAGUCUGAUAU